AGGAGUGUGUGUGUGUGUCCGCAUGGAUCUAACGCCGCUGCUGCUGCUGUGCGCCGCUCUGAGCUUCAGCCAGGGACACGAGCAGACUCGUCAGUGUUCCUCAGCCUCAGACUCGUGUCCCAGAGCCACCGGCCUCAACCACGAUUACAUGUUUGUGACUCCAGUUGAAGUGGACUCUUUUGGAGACUUCGUUUCUCACGAUGUCUCGAGGCACCGGAGCCGGAGAUCUCUGUCGGGAAGCGGCCGUCAGAAACCCGUACACUACCGCCUCUCUGCGUUCGGCAAGGAAUUACACCUGGACCUGCGGCCGGCCGGUGUGGUGGCUGAAGGCUUCAGUGUACAGACUUUCGGCCUGGAUGGCAUCACUACGACUGAGGUGGAUCCUACAGUUCAUAACUGUCUCUAUCAGGGAACCGUGAGGAACCACUCGGCUUCAUCUGCAGCCAUCUCCACCUGCAUUGGGCUGUCAGGUCUGAUCCGGAUGUCAGGUGACGAGUUCUUCAUCACCCCGCUGCCUGAGCAUUUGGCUUUGGAGCACAACUACAGCGCCCCCGCUGGACACCACCCACAUGUAGUUUACAAAAGGUCAGCAGAGCGUAAGGUCCACGGGGACAGCACGCAGAGCCAGCAUUAUCCCAUCAACAACAAACAAGCGCCAGCGUCAUCAUCAUCUUCAUCACCACCAGCAUCAUCACCAUCACCACCAGACUACCGGCAUGGGAGGUUUCAGAGGCAGCACUUCUGUGGACGCCGCAAGCAAUACACUCCAAAGCCCCCUGCGGAUGAUCUGUUUAUCAUGCCUGAUGAGUUUGAUGCUCCGGGCCGGAUUAAACGCUCUCCGAUCUCCUCUAAUAAAGUAUCUAAGGCCGGUGGGCUGAACGUGGAGACCCUGGUGGUGGCCGACAAGAAGAUGCUGGAGAAACACGGGCGAGAAAACGUCACUACAUACGUCCUCACUGUCAUGAACAUGGUCUCCAGUCUCUUUAAAGAUGGCACCAUUGGGACAGAUAUCAACAUCGUGGUCGUCAGUCUGCUUCUUCUAGAGCAAGAUCCACUGGGACUGUCCAUUAACCACCAUGCCGACCAGUCUCUGAACAGCUUCUGCCAGUGGCAGUCGGGGCUGCUGGGUAAAAGCGGCAAACGGCACGAUCACGCCAUUCUUCUGACUGGCCUGGACAUCUGCUCGUGGAAGAAUGAGCCGUGUGACACUCUGGGUUUUGCCCCCAUCAGUGGGAUGUGCAGCAAAUAUCGCAGCUGCACCAUAAACGAGGACACUGGACUGGGCCUCGCCUUCACCAUCGCCCAUGAAUCUGGACACAAUUUUGGAAUGAUCCAUGACGGAGAGGGGAAUCCCUGUCGGAAAGCCGAGGGAAACAUCAUGUCUCCCACUCUGGCUGGAAACAACGGGGUCUUCUCUUGGUCUGCCUGCAGCCGCCAGUAUCUGAGCCGCUUUCUGGGUACAGCUCAGGCCUCCUGUCUGGUGGAUGAACCCAAGCUGAUUGGUCAGUAUAAAUACCCUGAGCAGCUCCCGGGGCAGCUCUAUGAUGCGGAUACACAGUGCAAGUGGCAGUUCGGCUCCAAGGCCAAACUCUGCAACCUGGACUUUGUGAAGGACAUCUGCAAGUCGUUGUGGUGCCACAGGACGGGGCAUCGCUGUGAGACCAAGUUCAUGCCCGCUGCGGAGGGCACCAUCUGUGGGCCGGACAUGUGGUGUCGGAAGGGUCAGUGUGUGAAGCUGGGGGAUCACGGCCCGAAGGCGGUCCACGGACAGUGGUCCGGCUGGUCAGAGUGGUCCGAAUGUUCCAGAACCUGCGGGGGAGGGGUGAUGUACCGGGAGCGAUCCUGCAACAGCCCCAGCCCACAGCACAAUGGAAGGUUCUGCCAGGGCUCCAGCCGUGUUCACCAGCUGUGUAACACUGCACCAUGCCAGCCUAAUGCUGUGGACUUUCGGGCCCAGCAGUGCGCCGAGUACAACAGCAAACCUUUCAGAGGAUGGUACUACAAGUGGAAGCCCUACACUAAAGUGGAAGACGAAGACAUCUGUAAGCUGUACUGCAUUGCAGAGGACUUUGACUUCUUCUUCGCCAUGUCCAGCAAGGUCAAGGACGGCACGUCCUGCUCCGACAACAGACUGGACGUGUGCAUCGACGGCAUAUGUGAGCCGGUGGGCUGUGACCAGGUGCUGGGCUCCUCCGCUGCGCUGGAUGCCUGCGGAGUGUGUAAAGGAGACAACUCCACCUGCAAACUGUAUAGCGGGCAGUACAACCUGCAGCACAGAGCCAACGAGUAUUACUCCAUGGUAACAGUCCCUGCCGGAGCCCGUAGUAUUCGUGUUCAGGAGGUGGAGAUUUCUUCCAGUUACCUGGCGGUCAGAGGAACGAAACGUGGCUCGUAUUAUCUGACCGGAGACUGGACGGUGGACUGGCCAGGGAAAUUCCACUUUGCUGGAACGACUUUCCACUACCAGCGCUCGUUCAACCAGCCGGAGAGUCUGUACGCCGCUGGACCCACUAAUGAGAGCCUGGUGUUUGAAAUCCUGCUGCAGGGGAAGAACCCAGGCGUGCUGUGGGAGUACACACUGCCCCUACAGGAGAAAAAACCCAACUACACCUGGACCGUGAUCCGCUCUGACUGCUCAGCUACAUGCGCAGGAGGUCGCGUGUCGAUGAAAGCCAUCUGCCUGCAGGACCAAAGCGCUCAGGUUAACUCUUCACUGUGCAACCCUCAGACCAGACCAGCGGUGGGCUCUCAACUCUGCAACACCCACCCCUGCCCUGCCCAUUGGAGUGUGGGAGAGUGGGGCGUGUGCAGUGCGAGCUGUGGUGGAGGGCGGCAAAGUCGGACCGUACGCUGCGUGAGGAAGGUCGUCUAUCAGCGAGAGGAGGUGGAGUCUCCUUCACACUGCCCUGCCCCCUCACCUGCACACUCACAGUCCUGCAACACAAACACCUGCCCACCAGAGUGGAGCACCGGAGUCUGGACACAGUGCUCUAAGACAUGUGGGCGUGGCCUAAAGACGCGGAGCGUGUUCUGCCGGAGCACUGACCCCGGCGCCCGGGCGGUGGUAUUGCCGGACAGCAUGUGCAAAGUCCAUCUGAAGCCCAAAGCGCAGGAGACGUGUGUUCUGAGCCGCUGUCCGAAAAACGAGCGACUGCAGUGGGUCCCCUCAGCCUGGGGAGAGUGUUCGGUCUCGUGUGGAGGAGGGUUUAGGAGGCGUGAGCUGCGCUGCGGAGAGAGAGACUCCACCGGAGGAUUCUCUGAAUUCCCCCCACGGAGGUGCAGGAAUGUGCGGAAGCCCCAGACUGAGCUCCAGCAGGCCUGUAAUAAAGCCCCCUGCCCUCAGCUCCCCCCACCCAGCCUGGGCAGAGCGGGCAGCGUCGUCGGGCUGGGCUGGUACUCCUCGCCCUGGCAACAGUGUACAGUGUCGUGUGGAGGAGGCGUGCAGACCCGCAGUGUUCAGUGCCUCAGGCAUGGCCGUCCUGCGGCCGGGUGUUUACCCCAGCACAGACCCCUCAGCUCCCGAGCAUGCAACACACACUUCUGCCCUGCUCCUGGCCCUGCCCUCGGCCCUGCCCACAGUCCUGUUCUUAAAGGAGAGCAGAACUGUAUUGAUUACUACGGCUGGUGUCACCUGGUGCCCCAACACGGCGUGUGCAACCACAAGUUUUACGGCGAACAGUGCUGCAAGUCAUGUUCAGCCAAUAAGCUUUAGAGCUGGAGGACUACAUUUCCCAUGAGCACCCUCACUGACUCUUACUGACUGGGAAAAUAAGAGCCUACAGAUACCCAGAGGGCCCGAACUGGACAUUUUUGGGGGAAAAAGUGCAGAGAAAAUGAAAGCUGGAGGCGCGGAGCCCUCGUUGUUCCUGGAGUACUUGAUUGCAGAACACUUUGGAGGAAAAAAUGGACUCGUGUUUUUGAUAAACUGUGUUCAAGAGAAGCUCUGCAGGUUUGGGAACUACCGCGUAACUGGAAAUUCAGUGCUGUAAACAGCCACGUCUGUCUCUUUACAGCUUUUUGUGUGGAAAUCAUGGUUAAAAAAAUCAUUAUUUUCUAAGCCAUCCAGUUCCUCGAGCUAUGGAUCAAUUCAUUUAUAUAUUUUGUACAUUUCGGAGUCCCUUUAAAUUAUUCUGGUUAAAUUGUGACUGUGCAUGUCUGUUGUACUGUAGAUUUGACCUUUGCACCUUGUUUUGUUUGUGUGACCUCUUCAUAAACACCAUCAGAAGAUACUUUACAGUCAAUACUUUUACAUAGUUUUAAAGUCAUUCUGCCUGUUUUAUUUGUCCAUGUCUGUGUACUGGUGCUGUUUCCACAUUAGGAUGUGCUAUAAAUAUUCACAUUCCAUAUCCAUCAAUGGUGCAAGCUCAUGAU